UUCUUCAUUUUUUUUUUUUUUUGGGUUUUCAAUUUCUUUUCCUAGAUUCCUCACCUGGGUUUUGCUUUUCUUUUUGGAUUAUUAUUAUUAUUAUUAUUUGUAAUUUUUGUUUCACACACCAACAUGCAUGUUCUUGUGUUUGUCUGAUCUGGAUUGGAUCACGAGGAUAUCUUUUUCUUUUUUGCUAUUUGAAGGAGAGGUCUUUGGUGGGAUUCAGUGACAUAGGAGGAGAAAGAAGAAGGAUUUUGGACGUGUUGAAUUGAACAGUGAUCAUAGAUCGUAUACUGAUGUCGGAAUGGAGUUCUAGCAGGGAAGGAUCAAAUUAGGGCUUACUUGUUCGUGCUGUUUUUGGGUUUAUAGCAUAUAUAUACUCCUGAGGCAUGGCAGGUAUUGAUAUCUCAAAGUAUGCCCAUAGCCCGGUUCACAAGGCCAUUGCCAUGAGAGAUUAUGCCAGUCUCAGGAGGAUAUUAGCAGGUCUUCCACGGCUUUGUAACCCAACCGAGGUUCGUACUGAAGCAGCCUCAUCGGUUGAGGAAGGGAAGGCUGAUGCCAUCUCUGCUGUGAUUGAUAGGAGGGAUGUCCCAAAUCGGGACACUCCGCUUCACUUGGCUGUCAAACUAGGGGAUCAAAUUGCAACUGAAAUGCUUAUGGUUGCUGGGUCUGAUUGGAGCUUACAAAAUGAACAAGGAUGGAGUGCACUCCAAGAAGCAAUUUGCAAUAGAGAAGAAGCAAUUGCCAUGACUAUAGUUCGGCAUUACCAGCCAUUGGCAUGGGCAAAAUGGUGUAGAAGGCUGCCUCGCUUGGUAGGAACUAUGCAAAGGAUGAGGGACUUUUACAUGGAAAUCACAUUCCACUUUGAGAGUUCUGUCAUACCUUUCAUUUCUAGGAUUGCCCCUUCGGAUACAUAUAAAAUUUGGAAAAGGGGUGCAAAUCUCAGGGCAGAUAUGACUUUAGCUGGAUUUGAUGGAUUUAGGAUUCAGCGUUCAGAUCAGAGUGUUCUUUUCCUGGGUGAUGGGUCUGAGGAUGGGAAGGUUCCCCCUGGAACACUUUGUAUGAUCUCACAUAAGGAUAAAGAAGUGAUGAAUGCUUUGGAUGGCGCUGGUUCUCAAGCAUCUGAAGAAGAGGUUCGGCAAGAAGUAGUUACAAUGUCUCAGACCAAUAUAUUCAGGCCUGGGAUAGAUGUGACUCAGGCUGUUCUUUUGCCACAAUUGACAUGGAGGCGACAGGAGAAAACAGAAAUGGUUGGCCCUUGGAAGGCUAAGGUGUAUGAUAUGCACAAUGUGGUUGUUAGCAUCAAAUCAAGGAGGGUCCCUGGGGCUAUGACAGAUGAAGAGUUCUUUUCAAAUUGCAAUGAAAAUGAAACAGAGACUGAAGAGCUUGAUGAAAUUUUGACAGAAGAUGAGAGGAGGCAACUUGAAGUGGCACUUAAAUUGGAUUCUGCAGAAUCCAGUGAAAAUGGUGAGGGCAUUAUUGGGCAUCGGCAUAGUUGUUAUGAGCAUAGGGAAAUUCCUGUUGAAGAUUUAAAUGAUUGUAGAAAUGGAGAGACAAAGCAGGAAAAGAAAGGUUGGUUUGGUGGAUGGAGAAAACGGGAGUCUAAGCAUGAAGGACAUAAGAAGAUGGUGCCCCCAAGGAGUUCACUUUGUAUAGAUGAGAAGGUUAGUGAUCUAUUGGGGGAUUCACCACCUGAAAGCCAGGUGAAACCGGGCAGGCAUUCUGUGGAGAUUGUGGUGAGAGAUGAGCAUAGGAGAGGAAGGGAUUUGAAAACACAUCAAACACCUUCCAUGACUUCUGAGAGUGGAAAUAGGCGCAAGGAUAGUGGCCGUGAGAAUGAGUAUAAGAAAGGAUUAAGGCCUGUUCUCUGGCUUUCACCAAACUUUCCACUACAAACUGAAGAACUCCUGCCACUGCUAGAUAUUCUUGCAAACAAGGUUAAGGCAAUUCGUCGUUUGAGAGAACUGCUCACAACAAAACUUCCAGUGGGAACCUUCCCAGUCAAGGUUGCUAUCCCAGUGGUUCCCACAAUCAGAGUAUUGGUUACAUUUACAAAGUUUGAAGAACUACAGCCAGAAGAAGAGUUUGCAACUCCCCCAUCGAGCCCAACUGCAGGCCGAGAGAGCCCUGCAGUGACACAUUCCUCAAGUUCAUCUUGGUUUCAGUGGAUAAAGGCUCCAUACUACCGUCCUAGCUCAUCCAACGGCAAUUCUAGCAACAGGAUUGAAAAUGUUCAAGAUCCAUUUGCAAUUCCACCAGAUUAUACUUGGAUAUCAACUGAAGCAAAGAAAAAGAGGAUUCAAGAGAAGAGCAAGUCGAAGAAAGGUAAGAGUCAUCAUCAAAGAAAUCAGGAUUGACAUGUAAAACAGGUUUUAGCUUGCACGAGGGAAUUGGCACACAACAAAAAGGAAAAUAUUGUUUUCACUCGUCCAUUAAAUCGUGAUACUGUCGAUGAAAAAGGAAGUACCUAAGGCAAAUGCUCCCGUAUUGAAGUGUAUGAUGAUCCCUUUUGUAAAGGGAAAAUUCAAUAUAUCAUUGUGGGGUGGAAAAAAGGGUAAAAAAAAUAUUGUGAUUCUUACAGCAAUUUAUUUGGCAUUUGGUGGGAUAUUACAUUGUUAGAAAAACGGAUGCACUUCCAUAUUUAUGUGCCUCUAACUUCGACUAUUUACUGACAUAAUUGCACUAGUUUUAUCUGUCUCAAAGAGUCGAAUAUUUUGUAAUUACUUCGAUGAUCUUUCUAGGAGCAUCUUUCUCUUCUCUGGCCUCUUUAUUUUUUUCCAGAUCAUCUGUGUUGUACCAUAAAACAAUCUCAGUAAUCCGUUAUUUAAAAAGAGCAGAUGUAAUGAAGGACAAUAAUUUGG